CCUCGACGUAAACUGCGGUCACGCAUCCAUGAAUCAUCACUAAGCAGGAAAAAUGUCAGAGUGGUUACCGGCCGAUCAUGAUUACACAGCAGAAUUUGAGAAUGGGAUCCAUUAUGCAAGUGUGGAGUUAGCUGAGUUAGCUGCAAUAGCAAUCGCUCAGGAGAACGGGUUCUUUAUUGUUAGAGGAGCAUGGAAACCGAAUACUUCUGGACUUACUGCCCUCUGUAUGUAUUGCGACAGAAGCAGUAGGAUCGUUAAAUCUUAUAAACCAGACCCUACGAAGGAGACGCGUGGGAAUACUAGUUCGAAGGGUACUGGUUGCCAGUUUCAGAUAUGUAUUAAGGAAGUAUGGCAAAAGGAUCGUCCAAACACAUGGGUCCUAGUGGGAGUGACAAGUCGUGCAACCGGAGCUAAUAGAGGGUUUCACAACCAUGAAAAGGUGUUGUAUCCAGAACAUCACCGACACAACAAACAGUUUAGUGAGGCUGAAAAAGAGAGGUUAAGAUUAAUGAGGAAGGCGGGGGUGAGACCAAAUCAGCAGAAGACGACACUCAAUACUGAAGGGGGUGUGAGUCAUGAUAUCAAACAGAUGUACAACAGAAAUUACAAGAACAGAUUGGAUGAGAUGGGUGAAAUGGAUGCGAUACAGUUUGCGCUUCAUGGAGCUGAACAACGUGGGUACCAUAUCUGUUUGCAAAAGGACUCUAAUAAUGUGCUCACUAAUCUGUUUUUUGCGCACCCGACGUCCAUUCAGAUGUUGCAUGCAUGGCCGUACGUCAUCAUCAUUGACUCGACCUACAAGACGAAUAGGUAUGGCUGGCCAUGGGUUGAGAUUAUUGGGGUUACUCCAGUCAAGAAGAAUUUCAACAUUGCAUGUGCACUUAUUAAGCAGGAAACAAAGGAAACAUAUGAGUGGGUGCUGCGAUGUAUUAAAGGGUUGCUCGGUGAUACGGUU